AUGCCUGGCGAAGUUAUUGACAGACCUAAUCCACAGCCUCUCCCAUCUCAUAUCCCUGAAGAUGUGGCCGAGAAACUUCUUGUCAAACUCGACAAGCCCAAGCUCGACGAGAAGACGAAUCAAGCUCUACAGAAGUUUCGACGCGCUGCUAACUACAUCGCUGCAGCCAUGAUCUUCCUGAAAGACAAUACACUAGUCCAAAGAGAUCUAUCGUUCGAAGACAUCAAGCCUCGUCUGCUCGGACAUUGGGGAACAUGCCCGGGCCUUACUCUGGUAUACUCACAUCUAAACUUUCUGAUCAAGAAACACGAUCUGGAUAUGCUCUAUGUUGUUGGCCCAGGGCAUGGUGCACCUUCAAUUCUAGCAAACUUGUGGCUUGAAGAUUCACUCUCGAAAUUCUACCCAGAAUGCUCCAGAGAUGCAAAAGGUCUGGCAACCCUCAUCAAAGGAUUCAGUGUAACAGGCGGAUUCCCCAGCCAUAUCAAUGCAGAAACUCCGGGUGCCAUUCAUGAGGGUGGAGAACUUGGUUACGCCUUGUCUGUAUCCUUCGGCGCAGUAAUGGACAAUCCAGAUCUCAUUGUGGCCUGCGUUGUUGGUGAUGGACCUACAGCCACCGCAUGGCACAGCUACAAAUACAUUGAUCCAGCCGAAUCUGGUGCAGUACUUCCCAUCGUCCACGUGAAUGGUUUCAAGAUUAGCGAGCGUACCAUCUACGGAUGCAUGGACGACAAGGAGAUGGCAACCCUGUUCACUGGAUACGGAUACCAGCCUAGAAUUGUCGACGACCUCGAAGACAUCGACGCUGAUCUGAACAACUCCAUGGAGUGGGCGAUUAGCGAGAUCAAGCGCAUUCAGCAGGCUGCUCGUAGUGGAAAGCCUAUCCUCAAACCACGCUGGCCAGUACUGAUAAUGCGAACCCCCAAGGGCUGGUCAGGUCCAAAGAAGGUCAAAGGAGAGUUCGUUGAGGGCUCUUUCAGAGCUCAUCAAGUACCUCUUGCAGCUGCAAAGUCAGACCCUGACGAACUAAAACAACUCCAAGAAUGGCUGACCUCCUACAAGCCUGAAGAGCUUUUCGAUUCAGAGGGACGUCCAUUGCCAGAAAUCCUCGACAUCAUUCCAGUCAAGGAGGAACGCCGACUUGGUCAAAAAGCAGAAUCAUACAAGGGCUACCAACCACUCAAGAAAAUUGACUGGCGACAACAUACUGUCAAGAAGGGGUCAUCGGAAUCUAGUAUGGCACGAGUAGGCCAUCUUCUUGAAUCUGUCGUCAAGGAUAACCCAAAGACUUUCCGAGUCUUCUCACCCGAUGAAUUCGAAUCGAACAAGCUCAGCAAAGUGUUCGACAGCACGAAUCGAAAUUUCCAAUGGGACGAGUUCAGUAAUGCCAGAGGUGGUCGUGUCAUCGAGACACUAUCAGAGCACCAAUGUCAAGGCUUUAUGCAAGGAUACACUCUUACAGGUCGAUCAGCUCUCUUCCCCUCCUACGAGUCCUUCCUAGGUAUCGUCCACACAAUGAUGGUCCAAUACGGCAAAUUCAUCAAAAUGGCCAGAGAGACAAAAUGGCACGGCGACAUUGGCUCAAUCAACUACCUCGAAACAUCCACCUGGACACGACAAGAACACAAUGGUUUCUCCCACCAAAACCCCUCCUUCAUCGGCGCCGUCCUAAACUUGAAACCAACCGCAGCCCGAGUCUACCUGCCACCCGACGCAAACUGCUUUGUAUCAACCAUGGCUCACUGCCUCCAAUCAAAGAACUACGUCAAUCUCAUGGUCGGCUCCAAACAACCCUCAGCUGUCUUCCUCUCCGCAGACGAAGCCGAAAACCACUGUCGCGCCGGCGCCAGUACCUGGCCCACCUACUCCACCGAAGGCGGCCUCGACCCGGACGUCGUUCUAGUCGGCAUCGGCGCCGAACUCACCUUCGAAGUCAUUGCGGCCGCCGCUCUGCUCCGAAGUAAAGCUCCAUCCCUCCGCGUCCGAGUGGUCAACGUAACAGACCUCAUGAUCCUCGAAGAACAAUCCGCACACCCGCACGGCCUAACCAAAGAAGCAUUUGAGUCACUCUUCACCGAAGACCGUCCCGUCCACUUCAACUACCACGGCUACGUAUCAGAGAUUCGCGGUCUCCUCUUCGGCCGACCGAAUCUCGGUCGUGUAACGAUCGAAUGCUACAGGGAAGAAGGCAGCACGACUACACCGUUCGAUAUGCUGCUGCGCAACCACGUCAGUCGGUAUCACGUGGCGGUGGCGGCGAUCAAGGGCGCGGCGAAGAGGAAUUCGCAGGUUCAGAUGAGGCUGCAUGAGUUGGUGAGUGAGUUUGAGGGGGAGAUUAAGAAGACACAGGAGUACAUUGCGAGGGAAAAGACGGACCCGGAAUAUUUGAAUGAUGUGGGGAAGUUGAAGGUUGAUACUUCUUCUAUGUCGGAGGGUUGA